CGCGUCUCCACUCACAGCGCAGCUGCACGGCCUUGCGGGUGGAGGGCCUCGCGAUCCCUGCGCGACCCCGUGACCCCCCCGCUGCUUCGGCCACCAUGCCGCGCUCUUUUCUCGUCAGGAAGCCCGCCUGCUCCCGACGGAGGCCCAACUACAGCGAGCUACACGACUCUUCUCCAGAGUUCACUUUUCAGCAGCCCUAUGACCAGGCCCACCUGCUGGCAGCUAUCCCACCUCCUGAGGUCCUCAAUCCCACCGCCUCACUGCCCACGCUCAUCUGGGACUCUCUCCUGGCACCCCAAGCCCAGCCGAUUGGCUGGGCCUCCCUUCUGCCCCAGGAGAUCCCCAGGGCUGUCGAGCUGACCUCCCUGUCUGACGAGGACAGUGGGAAAGGCUCCCAGCCCCCCAGCCCACCCUCACCAGCUCCUUCGUCCUUCUCUUCCACCUCAGCCUCCUCCCUGGAGGCCGAGAGUUAUGCUGCCUUCCCAGGCUUGGGCCAGUUGCCCAAGCAGCUGGCCGGUCUCUCCGUGGCCAAAGACCCCCAGUCUCGAAAGGCCUUCAACUGCAAAUACUGCAACAAGGAGUAUGUCAGCCUGGGUGCUCUCAAGAUGCACAUCAGAAGCCACACGCUGCCCUGCGUGUGUGGCACCUGCGGGAAGGCCUUCUCCAGGCCCUGGCUGCUGCAGGGCCACGUCCGGACCCACACCGGCGAGAAGCCCUUCUCCUGCUCCCACUGCAGCCGUGCCUUUGCUGACCGCUCCAACCUGAGAGCCCAUCUCCAGACCCACUCGGAUGUCAAGAAAUACCAGUGCAAGACGUGCUCCAGAACCUUCUCUCGAAUGUCCCUGCUCCACAAGCACCAAGAGUCGGGCUGCUCAGGGGGCCCCCGCUGACUCUCAAGGUUCCUUCCCGCCUUUCCAGGCUUCACCCGGCCGCGGCCUCCUCCAGGUCCAGAAGGAAGGCCCGGGCAUCCUUCUUACUGCCACAGAAGCGCCCCGGCUGAGCUCGGCCUUCUGGCUGCGUUGGUCCCAGGACUCUGAGGACCGUUUCCCAGUGCUCUGCUCCAGUGCCUCCCUGGGCUCUGAGAGGCCUUUCUGUGGACGGCUGAAGCCGCUGCUCUGGAGCAUUCCAUCUAGAGGUAGCCUUUCUGUGUGGGUUUGUGUAUCUAAAGCUGUUUUGAGCUCCAGGACAAAAGCCGGCAGACUGAUGGGAAGCUCCCACCCCAUUCAGGGGGCCCCAGUGUCCCCCACAGGCACCCUCCAGCCACCCCUCCAGGAGGUGUGACUAACUAUGCAGUCAUCCACCCCCAGGUGCACCUGCGGGGGUGGUCGCUGACACAAGGACUGUGUCUAGACCCCAGGAUGCCCCAGGGUCUGGGCAGCUAUUUCAGCCUCCUGUUUGUUAUGGUGGCACCUGUUUCACGGGCAAUUUAACAAUGUCUCAAAAGGGACUGUGAGUAAUUGCCUUCACUUGUUGAGGGCCCAAGUGGGGCGCUUCAGCCCCACCAAUGUGUCUCCCAGAACUAUUUCUGGGGCCCGACAGGUGGGCCCGGGAGGAAGAUGUUUACAUUUUUAAAGGUACACUGGUAUUUAUAUUGCAAGCAACAUUUUGUACUAAGGAAACGUUUUGUAUAGUUAUAUGUACGGUUUAUUGAAUAUCAAUAAAGUGGUUAAUUUAUAUAUAAA